AGAAGAAAAAGGAAACCAGUAAACAUAUAUACACGCACUUACAUCAUUUUCUCCAAUUGCCGAUUCUUUCGUUGACUGGUCCGGACCGAGGGAGACGUCGCCGUCUCGCCGGAAGAUUAUACUUUGAUUUAAUUUGUGAGUUCUUCGUCCAUCAAGGAUUUUGUGCUGUUAUUAAGUUGACCACCUGCGACUCUGCUCUGUGAUCUACUCUUCGUCUCGUCCUCUUCCCUUCUUUCUGUUCUGUCUCUCCGCUCCAUAAGGUUACGUUCUAGAUUGCUCCGUUCCUUCUUUUUGCUAUAAGGCUCUGCUCAAACUUACCGCUGUUCUUGAGCUUCCGCCGCUGGUAUACCGUAACCGCCGGAGGAGGAGUUUUGUUGCUGCCAACAGGAUGUGUCGCCGGAAUUUUUGUGGGCUGCCGCCACGGUCUCGAUUGGCCCGCCCCUGCUGCCGCUGAGACUGGGGAAUCGCCGGUACUACUGUAUUCUCCGGCGAGGGUUGUCACUGCCGAAAUCUUGCCGAUGUUUCCAAUGGUCUACUGUCUCUAGGAACUGGGUUGCCGGUCUACGUUGUCUCGUCCGCCGAAUGAAGAGGAAGAGACAGAGCGCUUAGGGAGGACUGGGAAACGCUUCUGUAGCGCUUAAGGAGAAAACAAGAUUGACUUUUCAAUUCAAUUUCCAUUGAGGAAGCAUUCAAUUCAAAGAUGCAAGGAGAAGAAGAAAUAAACAGAGAAGAGGGAAGGGGAGAUGAAGAGGGUGACCGCUUUAGCGGUCUCCCACUCCAACUUCAAGCAGCCAUACUAUCUUUGCUGCCGGUGGAAGAAGCAGUGAGAGCCACCGUUCUCUCGAGGUCAUGGACAAAUGUAUGGACCCAUUUCGAUCACCUCAACCUUAAUAUCAACCCGGCCAAGUACAAAACUGGCCGCUUGAGACGUCUAACCCAACCUUUCAAACCCCUCCUAGACUCUCUUGCACAUCACAAUGUUGGCAUUCGCAGUCUCUCCCUCUCUGAGAUAAAAAACAUCUCGAUUCUAAAUCCACAACGAGGACAUGUGGAGGAUGAUCAGUGGAGCUUAUUUAGCAAAUUCCUAGAGGUGCUCGAGGUGAGGAAUGCGAAAUUCCCAUCAUCAUCCACUUUUCAACGUUGUGCGAAUCUCAAGGUGCUCAAGUUUAGUCAAGUGGUAGUCAAGGUCCGUGUGUUGGAGGCUCAAAUCUUUCCGCAUUGCAAGGCUCUAGAGAGCCUGAGCUUUAGCUGCUGUGUUUUGCGAGGAGCAUGGAAGCCCUCAAAGGGGUCAGCCCCUCCCCUCAUCAGAAAAGCACGCAAGGCAUACAAGUGGGCACGGUUUAGCAUAUCGGCUCCCAUAAACUUAAAGUCAUUGGAGCUUGAUAGGAUUAGCGUCAAAGGUCGAUAUAAUGCACUUUCGAUUAAGGCACUUGGCCUUUAUAACCUCACACUCCGCAGCCCAUAUUUCUACUUUUCCAAGAAGGUUGAUGUGCCUCAAGUCGGGUUAGAACUUGACACUCCUCAACUUGUUGCACUCCAAGUCAUGAAUGGGAUCGACAAAUUGGAUGUACUUCCUUAUCCAAGAUUGGAAUCUAGAAUCAAUGUCGAAUAUUAUCACUUGACCUCCACCCAUGUCCUUCAUCUCUUCCUCACUUCACCAUCACGGGCUGAACCAGGAGGCCGCAGCCAAUUGGGAAGACUAAGAAGCUUGUCUACUGAUGUAGAUUUGAAUGAUCCAAGAGAUGUUGCAUUCUUGUUUAUCACUCUUAAGCUCUGUCCAUGUCUGGAGACCCUCUAUAUCACCAUCCCUCACAAGGGAGAAAAGCAGGUCGGAAGUACAAAACAAAUCGAUGACCAGAACCAAUCUCAUCCCUUUCAUCUAUCAGGAGACCCAGAGGAGCUCGGGGAUUGCACUUUCACCUGCUUGAAAUCAAUCAAAGUGAUAUUUUACACGGAAAGUUUUGUUUCGUGCCCUUCUUAGAAUGGAAUCUUCAAGUAUUUGGUUUGGUUUAUUUUCUUUGUUGCUUCUUUUGGGUGGAUUGAAAGUUGCAAUUAGCUUCUUUGGGUCUCAAACUAAUCUUAAAAUUGAAGGAAAAAAAAUAAGAGAAAGAAAAACGGUUAAGCAUCUUGUACCAUCUGCUAUUAAAAUAUAUUCUUUCAAUUCGAAAUCAAAACUCUUAGACUGA